AUGAUACUGCUGAGAUACAAAAAUCGCUACCGUAUUUCUAGGCAACUUUCACAAACAUUUAAAAGUGGCUACAACUAUGGUCUAACGGCGGCGUCGGCACUUCGACCUGAAAAUGUUAAGCAGACUUUUAAGGACGUUAGCGCUAAAGUUCGUCAAAUGACUUGGAUGCAACUGUUCUGUGCCAUUGGACUACUGUUAUUCCAUUGUCUAAAGAAGCUUGGCUAUAUUGUGUACUUAAUUCUGAUGACGUUGUUCCGUUUUGUAUACUAUCUGACGACGCCGGAGAAGGAUGAGGACGAAGCCAAAAAUCGUCCCAAAGAGACACACUUCCAACACUAUGGUUUACCUAUCCUUCCCGAAUUUCACCACACACAUAUUGGAGUGGAGGCGUUUGGUUUAGCAGCUGAACAACUUCCCACUGAACACCAUCUAUGCCAGGAUAUUCCAACGAUCAGCACUGAAGAAGUCAAAUCAGAACAGCCGACUCCACAGAGACCACCGUCUAAUGAUUCUCCUUCACCACCCAGUGUGCACAAAGCACCGAGCAUUUAUGAAUCGGUCGGAGCUCCACCACCAAUGAACGCCUCGCCAUCUGAAGUGGACGCCAACGUUGGAUCAUAUGAGCCGAAAAUCGCCGAGCAAAAUAUUAGUCGCAGCAAGGGAUCAAUACUCAAUAUGCUUGCCCGAAAUUUUAAGACGAUCGAAAAGACUACUCUCUACCUGGCGUUUUUCAUCAAUGUUAUCCUACUCUUCCAUAGAGUCGACAUCAAGCAUACUGAGCCCGAACCAGCAGAAGAUGCCCGUGAAAACGAUGAAGAGAAAACCGCUGAAUCGAUUUACAUUAGUGGAAUGAUGCUACCUUAUAUUGAAUACGAAUUGACUGGCUGGGUUUUAGCACAGGUGCUGUACUGGAUUAGUGGCGGCGUUGGCGUUCUCAACAUCAACAACAGCGCAGCGCCAACAAUAGCAUCUCCACCACCACCACCACCAGAAACAACAACAACAACAAAAUAG